AUGGAUUCGAACACUUCAAUGAAUUCCUCAUCGACUCUGGAUACGCAGCCCUUUACGGCCGUCGACUAUGUGGUCUUCCUUGGUAUAAUGUUAGCUUCGAUCAUCACGGGACUCUAUCACGCUUUCGCCGGGGGAGGACAGAAAACAACUUCGAGUUACCUGCUCGCUGAUCGUAGCAUGAACAGUUUACCCAUUGCCUUGUCGACCGUCGUUUCGUUUCUGUCCGCCAUCACUCUCCUCGGUAUCCCUGCCGAGAUCUACACCCAUGGUGUCCAGUACUGGUGGACUAGUUUUUCCUGCCUCAUCAUGAUGUCUUUAACGGCCAUCAUUUUCAUUCCUGUCUACUACGGGCUUGGUCUAACAACUGCGUAUGAAUACCUCCAUCUCCGGUUCGGUAUGACAGUACGAAUUGCUGGGACCAUCUUGUUCAUAUUGCAGACAGAGGUUUACAUGGCUAUAGUAAUAUACGCCCCUUCAUUAGCAAUUCAAGCAGUGACUGACCUGCCGGUUUAUGCAACCAUCCUUCUAAGUGGAGCUGUAUGUAUCAUCUACACAGCAUUGGGUGGAAUCAAGGGUGUCAUUUGGGCUGACGUUCUCCAGUUCCUCGUCCUCUUCGUUUCUUUCGUCCUCGUUGUCGUCCUCGGAUGCAUCCGUGCUGGAGGAAUUGACUACGUCUGGGAGUACAAUAAACAAAAUGAUCACCUGAACUUCUUGUGCGGACUGGCCCAAUAUGCCGUCGGUCAGAUAGCAGUCCAACGUUUCCUCACUGCCAAGUCUGUCAGGCUUGCUCGCAGGUCACUAUUGUAUGGUAUACCAUGUUCCUGGUUCAUGGUAACGUUGGUGUCACUCAGCGGCCUUGUCAUAUAUGCUUACUACAACAAUGACGAAAAUGGGAGAGGUGAACCGAAUUUCCCAAAGUCUGAUCAGAUCUUGAUAUACUUUGUAAGUCAAGAGUUUGGAAAGAUUCCGGGGAUUCAAGGGCUCUUUAUCGCAGCGCUGUAUGCUGGAACGAUUAGCACGGUGACCUCGGGGUUAAAUUCACUGGCUGCCGUGACCCUUGUCGACAUCGUAAAACCAUGGAGGAGGUGGAGGUCAAGACGUCGAGGGGAGGUCGUAGAGCCCGAAGAGACGGUAGAGCAAGAUCAUCGCGAUACAUGGUUCUCCAAAAUAUACACCGUUGUCUACGGUUGUAUUACGCUCGGCCUGGCUUUCGUCGCCACCAAGUUGGGGUCACUGAUACAGAUGUCAAACUCCGUAUUGGGGCCAAUCGGUGGACCAAUUGUCGGUGUCUUCUCGGUCGGUAUGCUCUACAAGAGAGCAAACUCAGGAGGAGCCAUCGCCGGUCUAGUUGUGGGAUCUGUCUUUGGUAUCGGGAUGUCCGUUGGAUCAGCUGUUAACCCGGACUCGGACUUGUGGAUCUUAAAAGUAUCAUUCAUGUGGUACACCAUGAUAUCCUGUUUCACAACGAUCAUCGUCGCCGUUCUUGUCAGCGAGGUCGUACGUCUGUUCAGCGACAAGGAGAGGAGUCGUCAGGUUGACCCGCUACUGUUGGCGACAUUUCUCCGGUGAGUACAUGUACAUAAACG